AUGAUCAAGGUAAUUGAACGUUUAAUUGGCGAUGCAGCUAAAAAUCAAGUAGCUAUGAAUCCUUAUAAUACAGUUUUUGAUGCUAAAAGACUUAUUGGUCGUAAAUUUGAUGAUGCUACUAUUCAGUCAGAUAUGAAAUAUUGGCCAUUUAACUCGGCGAAUACUUAUUCAGGAUUACUUUCCCAAUAUAGUAAAAUUGUCAAUAUUUAUACAGAACAAGCAGAGCUGCAAUUGGGAAUAUCUAAAAAGAUAGAUCUUCUCGAGCAGCAAGCCUUACAAUUUAUUGUUUUCAAUCGACAACAAAAAUCUAUUAGAGAUUUGACAGAAAAUACAGUAGAAUCAUUGAUGUUUAUCUUUCAUUCGGUUUUACUCGAUAUACUCAAACGAAUGCCAGCCGAUGAAUAUGCUAAGCAACAAUUGAUUGAUAUCUGUGAAAAAUAUUAUUGUAAUAGUAAACAUGAUUUAAUAAUGAUUGAACGUUUUCGUGCAACAUUUAAACCUGAAGAUGCCAUUAAAUGGUAUACAACUAAUUGUUUUCUCUUUCGUUUAUUAAAUCGAGCAUUACGAACAGAAGAUGUUAAUUUAUUAUUUGCCUUUCGAUUCUAUAUUGUCGUUUUAUGUAAAGCACUUGCGAAUGAAAAACAAAAAUUAUCAUCGAAUACUGACUUAAAACUUUUUCGAGGUCAAAAAAUGGCUGUGACUGAAUUUGAGUUUCUCCAAAAACGUACUGGCAGUUUUAUAACAACAAAUGGUUUUCUAUCCACUCAAGCACUUACUCUUUAUAAUAGUGUUGAAAGAGAGGACGACACACAAGAUAUGGAAGAUAAUCUAACUCAACUAGUUAUGCAUGAACUGAUGAAUAUGCGAGACACUACAUCAUAG